CUUCUCAGCUGCGUUUAAUCACGCUCCUCAUAAACCGGAAGCGUUUCUGUUAUGAGGAACUGGGGCCGUGCUAGGCAAGGCGAACAGAUGCGGAUGAGAGCUUCUCGGCGGGCACGACGAAAGUUUUUUUUUUUUUUAAAUUAGGUUUUUAUUGAAUAAAAAAACAAACAAACAAACAAGUGGAUUUGGUGAAGAAAUUGGCGUUUUCGGCAAUGGAUGCAGCGAGAGUUCAGGGGACGCUCUGGAAUGUUUUGUACUAUAUAGCCGGAGCCGUCAACAGAUUCCUCAGGGCAGAACCUUCCGGCAUCAUCAAAGAUGAUCCUUUUCAAGAAUCCACAAUUGAAAGCCGUUCCAGUGCGAAUGACCACACCGCAGGCUUCCGUCAGGACAAAUCAGCCAUGGCCGCGUGUCCGCAGAAUGCCACUGGACCAGCUUGGGCCGGGGAAGACGCCAAAAACACUGAAACCGAAGCACCUGAGCAAUUUGACAAUUCUGCAAAAGAAUCUGUGGAGAUGACGAGCAGUUUCGCUCAUUUGAAUCUGAGAGAGAAGACUACAGGGAAUCUGGAAAAUUCUGGCGGGCCAAAGACUCGAGAAAAAGUGGAAAAUACCGACGGGUUUUUCAAACUAGCCUCUGAUCGAGGAAUAAAACGUCACACUGAAGAUCAGCUCGAAGUUGGGUCAGGGCCUAAACGAUGGGAGGGCGAGGAUCAUGAAAAGAACUCAUCUGCAGACAACCAGUCAAAAACUCAGAUCCAGGACCAGGAGAAGACGACAGGUAAUCUCGAAAAUUCUGCUCAGGAACUCGACGGAGCCUUUAAAAAUAUACCCGUGAGUGUUUGUGAUGUGCCAAGGCAACUACAUGCACCGGCAUGUGAGGAGCCACUUCCUGAGCACAACAAUGAGGAUUUUCCAGAUGGAAAUACAACACAGGGGUUCCUGGAAGGUGCGGAUUCCGAGGAAAUCCAGACCCACGGACGUUUACAAGAAGAGGUGGAGAACGAAGAGCAGGAGAGCCUUCAAAACGGCAGCCGUUCAGAACACGACUUGUUUUGUGUUGACGAAAUGAAGGUGAUGUGUGAGAGUAUGAAGAUGAGAGACAAACUGUCAGAGCAGGAACUGGAUGCACCCUGUGGUGGCCUCACAGAAAACCACAUUGAAGACCUUCAGGAGGGGACUGCGGUGGUUGAACUGCGACAAGGUCAAAAGUUGCACGACGCGGCAGGAAAUAACAGCGAGGUCGAGAUUGAAACUAGUGGAUUCACUUGCGAUAAACUCCUCGACGUAAACAAAGAGCGGGUGGCUGAUGCAGUCAAUAUGGGAGGCGACCUCACUGGAUCGUCGCUCGACAAAGAAGAGACGGCGCCUGAAAAGUCCGCCGUGGAAAAUGCAAGAAACGGUAGGGAAGACCAAGACCAGAAGCAAGAGGAAGAAGUCACUAAAGAUGAUGAAACUGUGAAGGCGGUCAAGGAUGCGUUCAAAGACGACGCAACCACUGUCGAUCUCGCGACGUCCAAGACCUGCGACACCAAGGAAUCCACACCCUGCUCCGUCAUUCAACGCCAAGAUGUGACGGCGGGAAUUCUCCUCGACUUGGGGGUGCAGACCGCUUCACCAGAGGAGAACUUUGACGCCAAACAAGACGAGAUAUCGUACGAGAAUCUGUCUUUGGAAAAGAGGGAGCCACAAAUAAGAUCAGAAACGGAGAGCUUCAUCGAGAUAUCGUGGGACUUCUUGGACCAGUCCUUUGGAGAAUCCCAGGCUGCCCCUUGUACCGCAGAAUUGACAGCAGCCUCAGCUUCCUUUGCGGUUGAGCAAGCCAACGUUCAAACGGUUGCCGAGACGAAUGCAGCGGCAAGCUUAAAGAGCGAUUCCCAGUUGCACAGAAGUGACUCCGAGAUGUCGCGAGAGAAGCUAGCGAGGUGUUCUGGUGAAGCCUUACAGACAAAGAUUCCUCAAUCAUCGGAGCCAGAAGGUGAUAUUCAGGUGAACAGCUUUGCACUGAACUUUGCACCUCAGAGGUCACGAAUCGCCGUGAAAAACCCCCGCGCGAGGCCGCCGACUGAUCGGCACUCGCUUCUCAUGAGGCCCUCGGUGGAUGCUGCGUGCCCUCCACCCCCACCCCCACCCCCGCCCACGUCCAAAAACUCUGCAGACGGUCACGUGUUCGGCGGCUUGGGCUUUGGAAUCAAACUACCGGGGCUGGGUUCAGGGUUUCCUGUUUUGAAAAAGUUGCAAAAGAUGGAAGCUGAGCCCAAAGCGGCGCCGAAGCCUGACUCCGCCAAACAAGCUGAUGUGCCGCAGAAACCAAAAUGGAUGCCACCAAAACAAGCAGGAUUUGGAAAUCCCUUCAUAUCAGAGCUCAAGACCAAACUGAAGAAAGCCACCAAGAACUGAGACCGGUUUUUCCAUUUUUUUUUUUUUUUUUGUGAAUAUUCUGCAUAUAUUAUGAAAGAUGUCAAGAGGAAUGUAAUUACGCUAUUGUUAACAUUUUGUAAUAAACUUAACACCAAAGCAA